AUGUCGCCGCACGCAGACCCGUUACAUCAUAAGCGAGUCUGGUGGAAAGAAGCCACGUUCUAUCAGAUCUAUCCAGCGUCGUUCAAAGACAGCAACGGAGAUGGUUGGGGUGAUAUUCCUGGAGUACUACAAAAAAUCAGCUACAUCGCUUCUCUCGGUGUAGAUGUAGUAUGGCUAUCGCCCAUGUUCGACUCGCCUCAAAUUGACAUGGGCUACGACAUAUCAAACUAUGAGGCCGUUUACACCCCCUAUGGUACCGUCGAGGACGUCGAGAAACUCAUUGCAGCAUGCCACAACAACGACAUGAAAAUCAUUCUGGACUUGGUCGUGAACCACACCAGCGACCAACACGCGUGGUUCAAGGAGAGCAGAAGUUCAAAGGACAAUCCCAAACGAGACUGGUAUUUUUGGGCACCUGCACGCUACGACAAGAGUGGUAAUCGUAUGCCACCGACCAACUAUCGCUCCUACUUUGCAGGAGGGACAUGGACGUGGGACGAACACACUCAGGAAUACUAUCUCCAUCUAUACGACAAAUCGCAACCAGAUCUCAACUGGGAGAAUGAAGAGUGUAGAAAGGCGAUUUACGACUCGGCAAUGCGAUUCUGGCUCGACAAGGGAAUUGAUGGCUUCCGAGUGGACACGGUCAACAAGUACUCCAAGGUACUACCGUUUGUUGACGCACCCAUAACAGAUCCGACGAGCGAUAUCCAGCCAGCAGCACAAAUGUGGUGCAACGGCCCGCGGAUGCACGAAUACAUCAAGGAGAUGAACCGCGAAGUUCUCUCCCACUACCGCACAUACGACAAUCAACAAGUCGUGACAGUCGGCGAGCUAUCCAUGUGCCCAGAUCCCGAGUCGGUGAUUCCCUACGUCAGUGCCCUGGAACGAGAGCUAGACAUGGUCUUCCAAUUCGACAUCACCCACCUCGGCCAAGGCCCGCCGGGCUGCAACGACAAAUACGAUUUUGCGCAGUGGCACCUACCCGAGAUGAAACGAAUCGUCGAGAAAUGGCAAUGCUUCAUCGAAGGCACCGACGCCUGGACUACCGUCUUCAACGAGAACCACGACAAUGGACGAAGCGUCUCACGAUUCGCCAACGACGCACCCGAAUGGCGACGGCAAAGCGCCAAGAUGCUUGCCCUCUGGCUCAUUGGGCAAACAGGCACCUUAUUCCUGUACCAAGGGCAAGAAAUCGGCAUGAUCAACGCGCCAAAAUCCUGGGCAAUGGACGAGUACAAGGACGUCGAGUCCCAAAACUAUUGGGCUGAAGCCGUUCAUCUCGCACACGACGGCACCGAUCCAACCCGCAAAGAGAGAAUCGCAUACGGACUGCAGCUCAUGGCGCGUGAUCACGCCCGCCUCCCUUUCCAGUGGGACGACAGUGUCAACGCUGGGUUUUCGACGGGGCAGCCGUGGAUGAGGGUGCAUGACGAGUAUGCUGCAAUCAAUGUGGCGAAGCAGGAAAAGGAGACUGAUAGCGUAUUGGCGUUUUACAAGCGCGUGCUAAAGCUGCGUAAGGAGCAUAAGGAUGUUUUUGUAUAUGGGACGUUUGAGCUUGUGGAUGCGGAGGGUGGGGAGACGUUUGUGUACAGGAAGAGGUAUCAGGAGAAGACUGCGUUGGUUGUGUUGAACUUUACGACGGAGGUGCAGAGGCUGGAUGGAACGGAGGGUAUGCAGUUGCUGGUGAGCUCGUAUGCGAAGGCGACUGGUGGCUCGUUGCAGCCGCUCGAGGGGAGGAUAUACAUAGACUAUUAG